AUGAUAAAGUUUACAAGAAGUAGAAUGUUGAGAUACAUGAAAAACUUUCAGAGAUUUAACUAUGUAGCAUUUGCAGCAGUUUUUGCAUCUGCGUGGUAUUUCGGUCAACAAGAAAAGGAAGAUGAGAAACAAAAGUUUUUGGCUCAAUAUUCAGAUGCUGUACUUCCAGCAGGUGCUUCUAUCGUAACCACACCUUCGGAGGUUGGUGCACCAACUAAAGAUAAUCAAAAUAAUAAUAGUAGUAACAAUUCAUUGUUUAGUAGUCCACUCGAAGGAUUAAAGAAAUAA